UUUAGUCGGGCCUCCAAAGGCAGCGUAGUCAGCUGUGCAACUGAGUUAUUUCUCCUUGUGCUCGUCACUGGCGCGCCAAUUGGCUUUCCAUCUCUCUUCCGUUCCAUACUUCCGUUCUAUGCUAUUCAAAUUGGGCCAAUCCUCCAUAAAAUUUACCCUCCUCAACUUAUGGAGUUCGUUAUCAUACCCGUCAAUCCUAUUCGCAUCGUUCAAAUUUUACUCUCCACUUUGAUCGUCGGGCUUCUCAUCUACGCCGCGAAUGGCUGGUCUUACUGGUGGUCACCAUACUCCAUCAACUUUCUCACCUUUACCUCAAUAUGGAGCCUGUUAGCGAUUGCAAUCCUUUUUUUUGGUCCCAUAAUGUUUCCAGUCGCUGCACAUAAAUAUGAAGUCAUAGCAAUCGAAGCUACAACAAUGUUAUUCUGGUCUGCUGGGUCGAUAGCCCUCUCGAGUUUGCUAAAUAAUGUUGGCUGCCUGAGUAGUCACUGGGGGCCUUGUAUGGCAAGCGUAAUAGCUGUAACUCUUUCAAGCAUCCAAUGGAUUUUGUUCACCCUGACCACGGUUCUAGCUGUGCUCGAUACAAGAACAAACGAAGCCGAGCCAUCAGAGAACGUCUAG